AUGGCAGACUACGAUGAAACGUACGAGGAGGAGUUUUACGAUGAUUCGGAUGAGGGAAUCACCUCCGAAGACUGCUGGACUGUGAUUUCUUCGUUCUUCGACACGAAGGGUCUCGUGUCCCAGCAACUCGACUCUUUCGAUGAAUUCAUCUCCUCAACCAUGCAGGAGAUGGUGGAAGAACAAGGACAAGUGGUACUUGAUCAGACCCUCCCUCCCUCCGAAGAUGAAGAUGACCCGGUUGUCGUCCGCCGUUACGAGCUCAAAUUUGGAACCGUCAUGCUUUCGCGACCAUCAGUCACCGAAGGAGAUGGCGCAACAACAAUCAUGUUGCCCCAGGAAGCCCGCUUGCGAAACCUUACCUAUUCCAGUCCUCUGUAUCUCGACGUCACAAAGACGCUCCUGGAAGGACGAGAGCGCUUGAUCGCCGACCGCGAUGAUGGGGAGCCCGGCGAGGCUGAUGAAGACCGCAAGAACCGUGGUACAUAUCUCGAAUGGGAGCAGGUCGACUUUUUAGGGAAUGCCGAGAAGAAGGAGACGGAAACAGUAUACAUUGGCAAGAUGCCUAUCAUGCUCAAGUCCAAAUACUGUAUCUUGAAGGAUCUGAACGAACAGUCACUAUACGCCUGGAACGAGUGUCCUUACGAUUCUGGUGGUUACUUUGUUAUCAACGGAAGUGAGAAGGUUCUUAUUGCUCAGGAGCGCAGUGCUGGUAAUAUUGUCCAGGUCUUCAAGAAGGCACCCCCGAGUCCUACGCCUUACGUUGCGGAAAUUCGCAGUGCCGUUGAAAAGGGAUCUCGACUUUUAUCCCAACUCUCCCUUAAGCUUUUCGCCAAGGGUGACAGUGCCAAGGGUGGUUUUGGCCCUACCAUUCGUUCAACCUUGCCUUAUGUCAAGGCCGAUAUUCCCAUUGUCGUCGUUUUCCGUGCUCUGGGUGUCGUUUCUGACGAAGACAUUUUGAACCACAUUUGCUACGACCGCAAUGAUAUCCCUAUGCUGGAAAUGCUUAAGCCAUGUAUCGAGGAGGGUUUCGUUAUCCAGGACCGCGAGGUGGCUCUGGACUUCAUCGCCAAGCGUGGGUCAUCCCAGUCUAACCUUAACCACGAACGACGUGUCCGUUAUGCACGAGAGAUCAUGCAAAAGGAGCUGUUGCCCCAUAUCUCCCAGAGCGAAGGUAGCGAAACCCGCAAGGCCUUCUUCCUCGGCUACAUGGUGCACCGUCUGCUGCAGUGUGCGCUUGGUCGCCGCGAUGUUGAUGAUCGUGAUCACUUCGGAAAAAAGCGUCUGGAUCUGGCUGGUCCACUUCUCGCUGGUCUUUUCCGUGUCCUCUUCACUCGUGUCACCCGUGAUCUCCAACGGUAUGUCCAGCGUUGCGUUGAGACCAAUCGCGAACUGUUCCUCAACGUGGGUCUGAAGGCUGCUACACUUACUGGUGGAUUGAAGUACGCCCUCGCUACAGGUAAUUGGGGUGAGCAGAAGAAGGCUGCCAGCGCCAAGGCUGGUGUUUCCCAGGUGCUGAGUCGUUAUACCUACGCAUCUACGUUGUCCCAUUUGCGACGUACCAAUACGCCCAUCGGACGAGAUGGUAAAAUUGCCAAGCCUCGUCAGCUUCACAACACUCACUGGGGUCUUGUGUGCCCGGCCGAGACGCCCGAAGGUCAGGCUUGUGGUCUGGUCAAGAAUUUGGCGCUCAUGUGCUACAUCACUGUUGGUACACCCAGCGAGCCGAUCAUUGAUUUCAUGAUCCAACGGAAUAUGGAGGUCCUCGAGGAGUUCGAGCCCCAAGUAACACCCAAUGCCACCAAAGUGUUCGUGAAUGGUGUGUGGGUCGGUAUUCACCGUGAUCCAUCGCAUCUUGUCAACACCAUGGCGUCUCUUCGUCGGCGAAACAUGAUCUCCCACGAAGUCAGCUUGAUUCGUGACAUCCGUGAGCGGGAGUUCAAGAUUUUCACUGAUACUGGACGUGUCUGUCGACCACUCUUCGUUGUCGACAAUGACCCCAAGAGUGAGAAUGCUGGAUCACUGAUCCUGAACAAGGAGCACAUUCGAAAGCUGGAGCAGGACAAAGAUUUGCCGCCAGACCUGGAUCCAGAAGAACGCCGGGAACGUUUCUUCGGAUGGGAGGGAUUGGUGCGAUCCGGUGCCGUGGAAUACGUGGACGCAGAGGAGGAGGAAACCAUUAUGAUUGUAAUGACGCCUGAAGAUUUGGAGAUUUCCAAACAGCUCCAGGCUGGUUACGCCUUGCCGGAGGAUGACAGCGACCCCAACAAGCGAGUUCGCUCGGUUCUGAGCCAGCGGGCACACACCUGGACUCAUUGUGAGAUCCACCCCAGUAUGAUCCUUGGUGUUUGUGCCAGUAUCAUUCCCUUCCCCGAUCACAACCAGUCGCCUCGUAACACCUAUCAAUCCGCUAUGGGUAAGCAGGCUAUGGGUGUGUUCUUAACGAACUUUGCACAGCGCAUGGAAACCAUGGCGAACAUUCUUUACUACCCCCAGAAGCCGCUUGCCACCACCCGGUCUAUGGAAUUCUUGCGCUUCCGUGAGCUGCCAGCUGGCCAGAAUGCAAUUGUUGCCAUUGCUUGUUACUCUGGAUACAACCAGGAAGAUUCCGUUGUCAUGAACCAGAGCAGUAUUGACCGUGGUCUUUUCCGCAGUCUGUUCUACCGUACAUACAGUGAUGCCGAGAAGUCGGUCGCCACGAACAUUGUGGAGAAAUUCGAGAAGCCCAUGCGCAUGGACACCCUCGGUAUGCGCAAGGGCACAUACGACAAGCUUGACGACGACGGUAUCAUUGCCCCUGGUACGCGUGUCUCUGGAGAAGAUAUCAUUAUCGGCAAAACGGCACCUCUGGCCGCCGAUGCUGAGGAGCUUGGUCAGCGCACCAAGGCACACACCAAGUUGGACGUGUCGACGCCCCUGCGAAGCACUGAGAACGGUAUUGUCGACCAGGUGUUGAUCUCGACGGGCCACGAUAACGCGAAGUUUGUCAAGGUCCGCAUGCGUACCACCAAGAUUCCCCAGAUUGGUGAUAAGUUUGCCUCGCGUCACGGUCAGAAGGGUACCAUUGGUAUCACUUACCGACAGGAAGACAUGCCCUUCACCCGUGAAGGUGUAGUCCCCGAUCUCAUCAUCAACCCUCAUGCCAUUCCGUCUCGUAUGACUAUUGCUCAUUUGAUUGAGUGUCAACUCAGUAAGGUGUCGUCGCUUCGUGGCUUUGAAGGUGAUGCCACUCCCUUCACUGACGUGACUGUCGACUCGGUCUCUCGUCUGCUCCGGGAGCACGGUUACCAGUCGCGUGGAUUUGAGGUCAUGUACAACGGUUACACUGGUCGCAAGUUGGUGGCGCAGGUGUUCCUGGGCCCUACAUACUACCAGCGUCUGCGUCACAUGGUAGACGACAAGAUUCACGCUCGUGCCCGUGGUCCUACCCAGAUUCUGACCCGUCAGCCCGUUGAGGGUCGUGCCCGUGAUGGUGGUCUCCGUUUCGGAGAGAUGGAGCGCGAUUGUAUGAUCGCCCACGGUGCCAGUGCCUUCUUGAAGGAGCGUCUGUUCGAUGUCUCUGACCCCUUCCGAGUUCACAUUUGCGAUGACUGUGGCCUGAUGACCCCCAUCGCUAAACUGAAGAAGGGUCUCUUCGAGUGCCGCCUUUGCAAUAACAAGCACCGUAUCUCGCAGGUCCAUAUUCCCUACGCUGCCAAGCUUCUGUUCCAAGAGCUGGCCUCGAUGAACAUUGCCGCUCGGAUGUUUACCGAUCGGUCCGGAGUGUCGGUGCGGUAA